AUGUGCCCACCCUCCUGCCUCGUCGCUCCUCGAGCGAGGAAGGCUCUAUCUUGGAACGGCGAGCUUAAGAAGGUUCUUUUCGAUGGCUCGCCCAAGAACCUUGUACACCUCCUCGCCGUCCCGGUUCGACCACAAAAUACCAGGUCUAUUUCUGAAGCCCAACCAGCUACGCUAGCAAAAUCCCCAAGCGCCUCUUGGGACACCCAAAUGACAGCAGGUAACACAGUCCAGGAUGAGAUCCUCCCGAUGGUCGAUCGCAGACAUGCAAAGCGCAAAGCGGACGUCGAAGUGUUUGCGCCCUGUCCACGGCACCGCAAACAAAGAAAAACUGAAAGCAGGGGUUCGGAUGAUGCGACUGAUACUAGUUGCUCGACCACCUUUUCAGAUAUGCCCACAGAAGUGCAUCGGCUAAUCUUUAGCCACAUCGAAUUCGUCGAAGAGGUCAUUUGCCUCGGCCUCACGAGUCAAUACUUCUGGAGGGUCGGUCGAGAAUAUAUUCAUGAUCAAUACACGUCGUUCCUGGGGCAGUGGGCAGGUGAGAACAUCGUCUGCAUCGGACAGUAUGUCGAUCCCGAGGAGUUUUUUUCGAUGGAGAGGAAGAAUCAAUUGCGUCAAGAGUCAGUCGUGACACCAGAUGACGGCGAUCCAGUCCGAGAGGGGUACCGCGAGCUGUUCACUCCGUCUGAGCUCGGUUUUCAUUCUGUCGCUACAGAGAAAAAAAGAAACAAUUUGCAGUUAAUGUCAUCACGCGUAUAUUAUCGGUGUAGAGACCGUGGCCAGCUCGAGGAUCCUGCAUUUACUUUCACGCAGUCAGAGUUGUGCGUCCAAGAGUCAACUUACUAUCCCGAGGACCAACCAUGGAUUCUUCGAAACUUGACGGCAAAGGAGUUCGUACGUUCGGAGGCUAUCGCCUUGAAACCGGAAUUUAUCCACGGCCCCAAUAUUGACGUUUUAGGCUUUGGCGAAGUCAUCUUGUCGCGUAUAUGGUCAACGUCCCACUCGCGCCAUGUGAAAGAUCCGUCAGAGAUCCGCAGAGGAGUGUGGGCAGGGCACCGCUUCGAUAUCACCACGCUGGCGAGACAUGUAGAGGAGACAAAGGGGGCCGACUGGAAUGAUGUGAGCAAGGAAGUGGCCAGAGAUAUCGCGAGCAUCUGGGAGAGCGAAUACGGGCCUGAUUGGCACGCGACGCUGCGCGAUUUACCGGAAUUGGCUGCUCUCCAUGGUGGUGUUCUUGAAGGCACCCGACCUGAUGUGGAAGCCAGUGAGACGACGGAGAGCACACUGUUGAUAUAG